CCACCCCUCUCUCUUUCUCUGCUUUUGCAAGCACCUCCGAAAACCAGAUCUGAGAAGCGUCGAAAAUCUCCACCGCCGUGAAAACCCUAAAAGCUUCUGAAAUCGAUUUCGAUUCGAAUCGAUUUUGAUUGAUUCGAAUCGAGAGUUCACAAAUGGGCGAUUUCAACCUCGCUCUGGUGAUCGUCGCCAUAGUCGUAUGCGUCCUCGUUUUCUUCUUCAAUGUCUACCUCCUCAUCAACUUCCAGCACCCGGACGACGCAAACCAGGCCUAUUUCCCCAAAUUCGUCGUCGUUUUGGGGCUCUCCGUCGCCGCCAUCUCCAUCCUCAUGUUACCCGCCGAUGUCGCCAAUCGCCAGGCUUGUCAGCACGCCAUUUACAAUGGCGCUUGUAAUCUCACCUUGCCUAUGAAGUCUCUGUGGCUCGCUGUCUACAUUCUCGAUGCUGUUCUCGUCUUCUUCGUCAUACCUUUCGCUAUGUUCUACUACGAAGGCGAUCAGGACAAGACUAUUGGUAAAAGGAUUAAAAGCGCAUUGUUGUGGGUGGGAACUACAGCUAUAGUUUGCGGUCUGGUGCUCGGAAUUUUAUACGAGAUGAAGUUUGUGGCUAUCAUAGACUAUCCACACCCAUCAAUUGAUGAAGCUCGGAGUUUGGAUGAAGCUAUUGUGGUUCUUUGGAGUUUGGAUGAGUGGAUGUUGAAUAUAUUUGAUCCAUAUCACAGGUGGGGAGCCACUCUGAUGAACUCCUUUCUUUUUAAUGUGGGACUCAUUCUUCUUUGCUCCAUCAGUGUGAUUCAGUUCUGUGCAACAUCAUUUGCAUACUAUGCUCAAGCUACUGCUGCACAGGAAAUAUUCGGUCACACAUUGCAAUCUCUUCGUGGAAUCAAAUAUUUAUACAAGUAUAAUGUGUUUCAAAUAGCGUUCAUUGCCUUGGCCGGACUGACGUUUGUUUUAUAUGCUGCCUUUGGAUGGAAAAGAAAAAAACCAAGCGGCAGAUUCCAGCUUUCCGCUUGAAGCAUGUAUUGCCUUGAAGAGAGUAUGCAUCUAACUUGAUCUUACUUACGGAAUCUGCAGUUGCACAAAUUAUUGUGAAUGAUUUAGGUCAGAUGCAUAUAUGGCCUAGAGAUUUGUUCGAUGUUGUUGUCUAGAGAAAGUAGACAGACCUCAUCCGAGUUAAACUUUGAUUACUACAAAAUAGAAAGAGUUGUGCUACUGCUGUUUUUCUUAUUUCCCUGCCUUUUGUAUGUAUUAUGCCUUUGUUUGUUUGAUUUUGUCAUGUAAUAUCUUUGGCAUGCGUGGGGACUAGUUUGAGGACUACCCUUGAUGUAUUUAUAUAGUGAAUGAAAACCAAAAUUUCUUGACUGGUCAGUUAGUGAUUCAUGUGUGCUUUAAUUACUUGUUUUGUAAAGGUUAAAGAAAUAAAACCCCUGAAAAGCUUAAACAGUUUGUA